AGCAGGGCUCACAUCAGGAUUCUUCUCAGACCCCUGCAGAGGGUUGGAUAAUGGGUGGAGGCUGGACUUUCUCAAACAUUAGUGGGUGCUCUGCUGUAGUGUGAACUAUAGAAGAGAAGAGUUUCUGUUAUCAUGGCUGCAAGGUUUUGUGGAAGCCUCUUUCUGGCAGUCCUUCUCAGCGGAGCUAAUGCAUCAAGGCCAGUUUUAAACCAGGAGCUAUCCAAUAUCUUCAAUGAGCUCUGGAGCCUGGAUGUGAAUCGCAUGACGCCUGGGAUAGACUACACCAUCUCUGUUCAGAGUAGAGCAGGGUUUGUGAACCAGGGCAGCCAUCUUGUAAUGGAUCACGCCUCACUGCCUCUUUUCUCCAACGUAAACGAGAACAAAAUGAGGAACACUACCACUUUUUCUCGCUUCAUGAAACUCUUGGACAACUACGAACGAUCAACAGGUAUCACAGAGCGAGUCACUCCAGAGGAACAGACAGAAAUCAGUCUUUUUCUGGAUGCUGUUUUAGAGACACAGGUCAUGAAGCGGGCUCAUCAGUACCUGGUGAGCAAAGGGAAGUCCAGCUCGGACAUCACGCAGUUUAAGAGUCAACUCAACUUGAUCUGGUUCCAUCUGUACCACCGACAGAGAAACACAGGCCCAGACUCUUGUGGAUUUGAACACGUCUUUGUUGGUGAAACCAAAUCUGGAACAGAAAUUAUCGGGUUUCACAACUGGGUCCAGUUCUACCUGCAGGAGAAAAACAGCCACUUGGACUAUAAAGGCUAUAAGGCCAGAGACCAUGACUUACCUGAUCAGGAUGACCAUGUCCUGAACCUCCAGUUCAGCUGGCACGGCGUGGUGAAGCCCGUCGGCAGCGCCUUCAUCGGAACCAGCCCCGAGUUUGAAAUGGCCCUCUUCACCAUCAUCUUCCUUAUGAACACAGAGCGAAGCACAACUGUGCUGGUCAACAUCGAUCAGUGUCAAAUGGAGCUGGUGGUCAUCAGGCAGGGCCGCUGUCUGGGGACUGCCUACCCCAAACUGCUCAGCAGCAACAGCAGACACACGGGGCAGCACUCACACUGACUCCAAAAGAGAUUUUACCUAAAACCAGUUGGUGAAGUCUACAUCCAUCAGGAGAAUCAUAAUCUGUACUGAUCCAACCAUGUAUCUAAAGCUUUUAAUAAAAUAUUUCUAAUGGUUUUAUCAGCAAAAUAAGAUGUAUUUGAAAAGGUGUACUGUGUAUCUGUGAGAUCCUUAUGUUAAUCAUCGCUAUGAAUAAAAGUAAUCCCAGAUUUUGUAAUAACCCCAAAAUUUUCAUUCUUAUAGAAGUAAAAGUGUUGAAAAGAAUAAAACAUGGUUUAAUGAACAUAAAA